AUGUCGACGAAAACGAGCAAAAAGACUGUGGUUACAUCUUCGAGCGUGAGCUCCGCACAAUCGCCACAGCCCAGCACCUCGACGCCGAUCGGUCGGCGUCCUGGCAGCCCGCUGAGCCCGACCCGCUAUUCUCGUCUUCAAGAAAAGCAGGAUCUUCAGAAUCUUAAUGAUCGUUUGGCAUGUUACAUCGAGAAAGUACGUCACCUCGAAGCGGAGAAUUCGCGACUCACCCGGGAGGUCCAGACCACCCAGGAGACUGUCACACGGGAGGUGUCCAACAUUAAAUCUAUGUAUGAACACGAAUUAUCCGAUGCCCGAAAACUCCUCGACGAUACUGCCAGAGAAAGAGCAAAGCUUGAAAUCGACACUAAACGUCUUUGGGACGAUAACGAAGACCUUAAAACUAAAUUGGAGAAGAAGACCAAGGACCUACUGAUCGUCGAAGGAAAUUUAAUGAUCUAUGAAACACGCUGCGGCGACCUCCAAUCGAAGUUCAAUCAGUCGCAGGCUGAACGUAAGAAGCUCGCUGAAAGAGAAAGAGAACUCGAGAAGGAAGUUGAGCGUCUAAAGGCUCUACUGGACGAUGCUCGUAAGCACCUUGAGGAGGAGACCCUGCAGCGUAUCGAUCUUGAAAAUAAUAUUCAAAGCCUCAAGGAGGACAUCAGCUUCAAAGAUCAAGUUUAUCAACAGGAACUCACUGAGACUCGUACAAGACGCCAGGUGGAAAUUUCUGAGAUCGAUGGUCGCCUCGCUGAACAGUAUGAAGCGAAGCUGCAACAGUCCCUUCAAGAGUUGCGCGAUCAGUAUGAAGCGCAGAUGCGGGCGAAUCGCGAGGAAAUCGAGUUGCUGUACGAAAACAAAAUCAAAAACCUUACGUCCCAUGCGCAACGUAACAGCGGUGCUGCUAGUUUGGCUGUUGAGGAAUUACGUCAGACUAGAUCUCGAAUCGAUGGUCUGAACCAACGUAUUAGCGAACUCGAAGCCUCCAACAAUGCUCUCAACGCCCGUAUUAGGGACUUGGAGAACAUACGCGAGAAUGAAAGGGCUCGUCACGCUGAGGGUUUGGCUGCUCUGGAAGCCGAAUUAGCCCGAAUGCGCGACGAAAUGGCUCAACAACUUCAGGAAUACCAGGAUCUCAUGGAUAUUAAGGUCGCUUUGGAUCUCGAGAUUGCUGCUUACAGAAAACUCUUGGAAUCUGAGGAAGCUAGGCUAAACAUUACACCGAUGCAGUCACCGAGCUCAUCGGUCUCAGGAGGAAGGACCACACCUUCCAGACACACCCCGCUUCGAGGUGGAAAGAGAAAGCGCACCCUAUUGGAGGAAAGCGAAGAGCGUAGCAGUAGUGACUACAGCGUUUCCGGUACAACAAGAGGUGACGUUGAAAUAACCGAAGCGGAUCCUCAGGGUCGAUUUGUCAAGCUGACCAACAAGGGGAACAAGGAACUGGUGCUUAGUGGAUGGCAAGUGAUCCGCAAAGCUGGUACAUUGGAGACAGUUUAUAAGUUUCAUCGUACUGCCAAGAUUGAACCUGGUGCCAAUGUUACGGUGUGGUCAGCAGAUAUUGGUGCUACUCACGAACCACCAUCCAAUCUUGUCAUGAAGGGCCAAAAAUGGUUCGUUGCUGACAACAUGACAACUACUCUUCUGAAUAACGAAGGAGAGGAAGUAGCCGUGUCUGAACGCAAGAGACAACAGUUGUCCACUUCUCUGUCUCGACAUAGAGAAAACUUGGGGUUUAGACCCUCCGAAGAACUUCACCAUCAACAGAGAAGAUAUCUCUACCCGUAUUAAGCGUGCGGAGUCACGGCUCUGACGGGCAGCCUAUGGAGACCCACAAGGUGAAGAGCGUUGCCGUCUUAUGUGAAGCUGAGAGUUGGGAGUUACAAAAAAAAAUCAAAUUUGAGAUUUCUAGAUAAACUUUGUAAGGUAACGGGUUUGCGUCACACUACAAGGUAUCAGGUCUGGAAUCGAAAGGACACACAGUGUCUAAAGUAACAAAUAGGAAAGAGAAAACGAAAAAACACAAGAAAAAAGAGGUAUCCGGCAUGUUAUCAUCGUAAUCUCAAAAUAAAGGCUGUCUCGGAUAUUUGAAUUUUCGUGCAGGAGCUCAAUGGACGCUAAGCGAAGACAUCUUGUCGUGCGAUUAUUUACACAGAUCAGUUAUAAUAUUGGAUAUUGCGAUUGUGCAACGUGUCAGUAAGAAAAGGGGAAAACAGAAAAGGACGAUGAAUCAAUGACAGACGUAAAAGCAUAAAUGGAAUUUUGAGCUCAAAUUUAAUUUGGGAAUACGUCGUAACCGUAACAUGCCUUAUUUAUGCGUGUAUAUCGUAUGAAAAGUAAAAGAAAACCUAUGGAUGGCGAAACACCUGAUCUAUUAUAUAUAUAUAUAUUAUAUUAAAAACAAAUGAAUGGGGGAAAGAUUAAAAAAUGAUUAAAAGCAAAAUAUUAUAGACCGUGCAUCAAGAAAUGUCUAUAAAUGUUCUCUACGUUCUCUUAUUCGAUUAUCAUUCUUUGUCCACCUUAACGAUUAAGCUUUACCAAGUAUAGAUCGAUCGACGAUCGAUAGCAAAACCCACGGCAAAAGAUCUAAUUGUAUUUCGGAUCUGUGGUGCGAAAAAUCAAUCUCCGCAAUUUUUACGUUUCCUUCCUCUCUCCUUUGUUUCUCGUCGAUUGCUUCGUUCGCUUUCUUUCUCCUUUUUCUUUUCUUUUUCACUUUUCCUAUGACGCGACGAACCGAAGUAGCAACGAUCGACAGAUUUUAUCUUCAAGUUCCACGUCGCUCGUGGAAAUCGUUGAUGGAUCGUCUACCGUUAAUUUUCGUCGACGGAAACAAUUGUAAAAAAAAAAAAAGAAACCAUUAAAAUGUGCAUUUAUUUUAAUUGCCUUUGGACGAGAGCGCAGGUGCACACAAAUUUAAUACAUCUUUUUUUUUUACUGUACUCAUCCUUUAUAUCCGUUACUAAUUGAUAAUAAUUAAUAAUAUUAAUAAUAAUAAAGUAAUCGAUUAACCGUACAAAUAUUUUCGUAUUUUUUAUUUCUAUUAAUUAUUAAUUGUACUAGAAGAAAAACAAAUGGAACCUAUGUGUAAGCGCGUGCGCGCGCAUUCAGUGUGCGUGUUGUACGUGUUGCAAAAAAAAACUUAAUAAUGCAAUAAAAUGAGCACUUUUACAUUUGUACAAUUAAUCCAUAAAAUGGCAAAUCGUUUAUUCGAAUUACAAUGGGGGCAAAAGGAAGUGUACGAUCGUAUAAUUAUUGUGCAAAUAGAAAUAGUAUCGAAAAAGUCAUUCAUUCCAGAGACUGUUAUACGUUAUUGAUUUUCAAUCUGUUAGCUCACGUUCAAUCGAUAUUUUGUUUGUUCUGCGGAAUAAGGUAAAGGGUACUUCUCUACAGUGUUCAUUUUCUAUCCAUUUCAUAGUAGCGUUAGAUUAUAUAGAGAGGGAGAGUGAGAGAGAGAAAGAGAGAGAGCAAUAUCUUUAUAAAUAUCAAAUGCCUUUUUUAUUUUUUGACAAAGCUGUAAGUUGCACCGUAUUACUGUAUACUACAAAUUGUGUGUAAUAAAGAUGACAAAUGUAAAGGCCA